UUCAUUGUUUGAGAAGGCAGUGAAGAGCCAGGAAAAAUCUCAGUGGAUCUGCCUGCCCCAGAACUGGCCUGAUUUGGGAUUCUGUGUUCCCUUCAGUGACAGCACCACGCCCGAGAUGAAUCUCCGUUCUGUAUUUACUGUAGAACAACAAAGGAUUUUACAGCGUUAUUAUGAAAAUGGAAUGACAAAUCAAAGUAAAAACUGCUUUCAGCUCAUUUUACAGUGCGCACAAGAGACUAAACUGGACUUCAGUGUAGUUAGGACGUGGGUUGGCAAUAAGAGAAGAAAAAUGAGUAGUAAGAAUUCUGAAUCAGGAACAGCAACAACAGGAACUGUUUCCGGUCCCUCUUUGGGAACUCCAGACAUUACAGUCAGAAAUGUGGUUAAUAUUGCUCGAUCCUCAAGUCAACAAUCUUCUUGGGCAUCUUCCAAUAAUGAUGUCAUAGUAACUGGUAUAUACAGCCCAGCCAAUUCAUCAAAUAGGCAAGGAGCAACCAAACAUACAAAUACACAAAUCACAGAAGCACAUAAAAUCCCUAAUCAGAAAACAGCCAGUAAAAAUGACACUGAGUUUCAGUUGCACAUUCCUGUUCAAAGACAAGUGGCACACUGUAAAAAUGCCUCUCUGCUCUUAGGUGAAAAAACUAUUAUUUUGUCAAGACAGACAAGUGUGUUGAAUGCUGGAAACUCAGUAUACAAUCACACAAAGAAAAACUACGGUAACUCUUCAAUGCAAACUUCUGAAAUAACAGUACCUCAAAAGCCAUCAGUGUGUAACCGACCUUGCAAGAUAGAACCAGUUGGAAUGCAAAGAUUAUAUAAACCCGAACACAUGGGUUCACGUAACUUAUGUGGGCAAAAGCCAACUAUUAGAGACCCUUACUGCAGAACGCGGAACUUGGAAAUCCGUGAAGUAUUUUCACUGGCUGUUAGCGAUUACCCCCAGAGAAUUCUGGGAGGAAGUGGCACACAGAGGACCAAUUCAGCAGAAGGAACGUGUUUGUCUAUUGCAAUGGAAACUGGGGAUGCUGAUGAUGAGUAUGCCAGAGAGGAAGAGUUGGCAUUGAUGGGAGCACAGAUACCAAGCUACUCAAGAUUUUAUGAAAGUGGCAGUUCCCUUCGAGCUGAGAACCAAAGUACAACUUUGUCCGGACUAGGAAGAAAUAUGCCAAAUUCACAAAUGGUUAACAUUAGAGACCUUUCAGAUAAUGUGUUGUAUCAAAACAGAGACUGUCACUUGACACCACGGACCUCAUUGCACACAGCAUCUACUACAAUGUACAGUAAUGCAAAUUCAUCACGGAGUAAUUUUUCUCCUCAUUUUUCAUCACCAAACCAAUUGAGGUUUUCACAAAACCAAAACAAUUACCAGAUUUCAGGAAACCUUACUGUGCCUUGGAUUACAGGGUGUUCUAGAAAAAGAGCACUACAAGACCGCACUCAGUUCAGUGAUCGAGAUUUAGCUACCCUUAAGAAGUACUGGGAUAAUGGCAUGACAAGCCUUGGCUCUGUUUGUAGAGAGAAAAUUGAAGCAGUUGCAACUGAAUUAAAUGUUGACUGUGAAAUAGUUCGGACAUGGAUUGGGAAUCGAAGAAGGAAAUAUCGUUUAAUGGGUAUUGAGGUUCCACCUCCCAGAGGAGGUCCUGCUGAUUUUUCUGAGCAGCCCGAGUCUGGUUCUUUGUCGGCACUCACACAUAGAGAAGAAGCUGGUCCUGAAGGAGGAGAAGAUAAUGACAGAAAUGAUGAAGUAUCCAUCUGUUUGUCUGAAGGAAGCUCUCAAGAAGAGUCCAGUGAAGUGGUUCCAAAUGAGGAACGGUCUCAAGAGGAGAGACACCAUGCAUUACCCACAGAUAAUGUGAAAAUAGAAAUACUAGAUGAUGAGGAAAGUGACAUGAUAAGCAAUUCUGAAGUUGACCAAGUAAAUUCUCUCUUGGAUUAUAAGAACGAAGAAGUCAGAUUUUUUGAAAAUGAGCUAGAAAUUCAGAAGCAAAAAUACUUUAAACUCCAAACAUUCGUUAGAAGCUUAAUACUAGCUAUGAAAGCUGACAAUAAAGAACAACAGCAGGCACUGCUAUCAGAUUUACCUCCUGAAUUAGAAGAGAUGGAUUUCGAUCAUGCUUCACUGGAGCCUGAUGAUACCUCAUUCACUGUGUCUUCUUUAUCAGAGAAAAAUGCCUCAGACAGCUUGUGACUUGAGGGGUGAGGGUAAUAUAUGUAAAGUCUAUUGCUUACCUGACAGACGUGCAUCUCAAGAUAACUGAAUUCUGUUGCCCUAAAAUUCUUCAGUUGAAAAACAAAUGUAUUGUCAAAACAACAAAUGUGUAAAGGAUGGACAAGAUAUAAUGGCUACAGAGCAAAAAAAAUGUAUUUGAGAUAUAUAAAAGCUUUGUUUGAGAGUUUUUCUAAGCUGAUGUAACACUGUAAAAAUGAACUUAAUUUUGAGCCAUUUAUCUAUGAAAUGCAUGUCUAAUUUCUAAAAGUUUUGUUUUGGUUUUAUAUAAGAAUCUUAGUUUUAGUAAAAGUUUUGACCAGCAACAGAAAAAUAAAAAUAUUUCAACAUUGUUUAAUACGUUAUUGAGUUUGAUUGUUUUGGUAGCCAUUACAUCUUCUUUCUUCCUCUCUCUUUUUUAUAUUAUUAACAUAUACUCAGGAAAGUUAACUUAGAAUUCAAAACAAAACAUUAAAAAUACAACCUAGAUGAUCCAGAGGUUAUUUUUCAAAUCCUAUGAAACUAAAGAAAAUUUUAUUUAACUUGGUUACGGAAACUUGAAAUGAUUAAUACAAUGUAAUUGUAAAUUUUUAUUGUCUUCUUUAUCUAACUCAAAUAUUUGGAGUGAGAAGAAAACACACAAUGAAAAAAGUAACUCACAGUCAUGAAGUAAAAACCUGAAAUGCACAACAACAAAAUAUAAAAGAUUAGUCUUAAUGGAAAGUCUUCAUUGCUGCAAAUGACAUAUACUGAUAGUAAAUUCAUAUGAGUAAAUUAGAUAAAAUAAUCCAAUAUUAUGAGUUCAUCUCUAUCUUCACAAUACUUUUCAAUUCCUAUUUAGGAAACAAAAAGUCAAGGCAAACCACUGAGAUCUUUUAAUUUAGUCAUUGCACUUUACCCCAAAAAUUUGCCUCAUUUUCAUGUGAGACUCAUAGAAAACUACCAACCUUGGAAAAUAUAUUUAAAAGUUUAAAAUUUCAAUUCAAAGGUUUUAUACAAUUCUUUGAGUACAUUCUUCACUUGAUCUUAGCCAAAAGGCCAAGAAGCGAUCUUUGAGUACAUUCUUAAAAUAAGCCUAUCACUCAGUUUUUCUAUUACUGUACCAGAUAUAAUGCACUGUAAACAAUUCCUUAUAGACCUUCUCUUCCAGGGCACAACAUGUCAUUACCUAGACUCAUCCAUAGAAAGGAAAGUUCCAGUUACUUCCUGAGUUCACAUUGUCAUACAUUGUGACUUAGCAAUGUGAAAUUUUUUAGAAGUUUAAGUUACUACCCAUACCUGAAAAAUUAAUGAAGCAGAUGAUGAUGUAUUUGCCCAUCUAGAUUCUGUGUCAGAUAUUUUUUGUAGUUGGUAAGUAAAACCAAUUUUAAUCUUGAAAGUCACAGAUAUCAACUUUUAAAUGCAAAAAAAACCUCACUAUUUUAAUAUUUCUCCUCUUAUAAUACUAGAUAUGAUUAAUUAAUUUGUCAGCUAUUCAAUUUGAUAUUGCUGACAUACUACUGUUAUGGUUCUUUUGUUAGUAGAAAUAUUUAAGCAUCAAAGUAUGCUCUCUUCUAGCUGAGAAUCAUAUGGUUCUUUCCAAAUGAUUGUUUAAUACUCCUUACUGACAAGUCAAAUUCCAUUCAGAGAAAAUAGCGCCGAGUAUGAACCUUGGAUAUUAGGAAUACUUUUUUCAGAGCUAUCAUCUCCUCAAAAAUAUAAAAAGUCUAUGCAUACAACAAACAGAAUUCCUUUCUUAGAAUUACAUAAAUGAUAAGCCUUCAAGUCUCCUAUGUUGUUGGAACUAUAUAUUUAAAUUUUAUUGGCUUGUAUCUUAAUUUAAACCUUUUGCUAUUUUUUUCUAGUGGGGGUAUGUUUUGUCCAUACCCAGCUAUACUCAGGGCUCAUUCCUGGGGGACCACUUGUGGUGCCGGGUAUCAAAAUUGAAAUUUUGAUUCUUUUAUGAAUAGAUGAUUCUCUCCUAUAUCUUUCAACUCCAUUAAUUGUAUAUCCCCCAAUACGUACUCCAAAAAUGUGCUAUUGUUAUAAGGCUAUAGACUUUUUACUCCUUAGCAAACCAUAAACUUCAUGACAAACUUUUUUUUUCAAUUUUCAAUGGUUUAGUUAGAUAAUUUAAGUAGAAAAUUUUAACAAAUUUGAGGAGUCGGCUAGGUGUGAUUCCUAGAAUGAAUAUUAGUCUCUGAUAUACACUAAAAGUAAAAAUAAUAUACUUAAUCAUUGUGUCUAGGUAUUUUCUGUUUCUUUACUGGAAGUAUCUCUUUUGGUAUCAUAGGAAUUAAUACACUUACAAAAUGAAAUGUGGUUGCUCUGUAGCAGGAACCAAAGGAAAUAUCUGUAUCCUGAAAAAAAUACCUGGCAAUAUUAAAUUGCGUACUUCAUAUUUCGAAAAAUAUUCCAAGGUCAGCUUUUAAAAGUCUACUAUGAAGAAAGAAUUUUUUCACAUAUAGAUUGUAACUGGUUGAAGCAUUUUAGUCCACGAAAAUUUCUACCAGUACUUAUUUUUUUUAUGAGUAUCUUCCUGACUCGAGAGAGAAAAACAGGUAGUUUUAUUUAAAGCUUUAAAACACAAUAUUAAAACAGACUCUUCUAUCUGAAGUAUCUCUCACAAAGACAGACGCAAAUAUUUUUUAAAAACACCUUUGUUUUCUUUUUAACUGUGUUUUUAUGCCUGAUUUCAGCUUUUCUUCUUGCUGUUAACAGUUUCUAAAGUGUUUAUCUAAGGGCCCCUACCUUCCAAAAAUAUUUUUUUUCUUUUAAAAAAGUAGCAUUGUCAUACUGCCAAGAUAAUGUUAGUCACAAGAGAAUGUGAACUGCAGUUACACUGCAGAAUAGAAAUGCCUGCAAAUCAAAGCAAAUGUUCAAAGAUAACUGGUCUCUUUGGAACCUGGGGAUAUCUUGUUACAGUGUUAUCAACAGCAGUCCUUUGUACUGCUACUGCAGUCACGUCAUAGAAAUGUUAUUUUUGGAGAAGAAAAGGUUGCAUCUCUAUAUAGUCUGUACACUGUAUGUUAAGACCUCAAAAGAUGUCCAAGUGAUUAGCUGUACAAUGACGGCGGCAUCAAUUUUAAGCCACAUUUAUAGUUAGCAGUCUGUAACUUUGUAGGACAAAACAGAAGUGAUGCUAAGAAGAAUUCUAGGCUCCAUGAUCAAAUUUAUUUUCAUAGGAGAAAACUUCAACCCAUUCCCAAGAAAGUUUCCUCAUCUUAGACUCACAGCUUGUGAUCAUCUUAAAGAGAAAUUCUGAAAAUUCAGUCCUGUAUUUUCUGAAAAAUGCUGUAAUUGUAUACCAGAAAUAUUGUGUGUAUGAGAUUUUUAUUCAAAUUUUUAAAUGUAAAAUUCUGACAAUUAUGAUUUUAAGGGAAUUAUCAGUACCACUGUGUCUAACAAAUGAAUAAAUGUGUUUGUUUUUAAAGUUGGUAUUAUCCUAGGCAGACAGCACUAUAUAGCACUAUGUAGAAGCACUGUUAACCCAGAAAAUUUUUAUAAUGUCAUAAGGGAGGGUCUACUAACUUGUGAACAUACAGUAAGCACCAUUGCUCAAAUAUACCUUUAUUAAAAUUUGUUAAGGGGAUAAAGAGAACAGUGUUAUUUUUCAUGAAAAUAUACUUAUUAUUUCCAUUAAAUGUACACUGACUAUUUGUUGCUGCACACUAAAAUUUUAUUUUGCGUUAAUUUAUUGAAUUAUUCCUCUUAGAAAUUUUGUAUCCCAUUUUGCUGGUACUACCUCUGAAACAUGCUAUCAUCCUAAAACCACAUCAGACUGUAAUGUGUACUUUUAUAGGGUUUUAUUUAAGCUUUUAUAGAGACAAUAAAUUAUUU